AUUUAUACCAAUGUGUCAAUAAGUGUGACAGUAAAAUACGCAACGAUUUGUAAUAGGGCUAUGCGGAACUAUUUAUAAUACAACCUAAUGCAUGUUCCUCUCACAGUCGUAGGAUUUUACGACCGGUUAUAUUGCAGAAUAGAAUAACCUGCGAAGCUAGUCAGUUGACGAUUAGCUGCGGUCGCCUCCACUCGCGUACAAUAGAUCGCCACGAACACGAUAUCGAUAACGUAAAUAUCUAUAUUGAUAACGAUUUCUCAUAAACAAAUGAGUAAGAAGUUGUCUAAAUUUUAAAAAGUUAUAACAAACAUGUUCAUAAUAGUACCAUUAAUAAUUUUGGCAAGUGUAGAGGUUAACGCACUUUAUUUAAAACAAGUGGUGUUUUUUAGUCGACAUAAUAUUCGCGCACCCCUUUCGAAGACGCUCGACGAACUAACGGAGAAGAAAUGGCCGGAGUGGAAAACAGAAAGUGCACAUUUGACACCGAAAGGUGCAUUGCUGGAAGGUUACAUGGGCGAAUAUUUUUCAAAAUGGCUGAAAGCGGAAAAUUUCUUUCAAGACGGACACAUGGACGAACACGGGUGUCCGAAUUCAGUGCACAUAUACGCGAAUGCGCCUCAACGGACCGUCGCUACAGCCAAAGCAUUCACAAAGUCAGCAUUCCCGAAUUGUGACAUUAAAGUGAAUUUUAAAGAAAACGUAAUAAUGGACCCUGUUUUUCAUCCUGUUCUGCGGGACACAUCUGCAGCAUUCAGAGAAAUAGUAAUCAAUGAUAUACAAAAAAAAUUAGACGAACUGAAGCUCGAAGAUGCGUACGAGUUAAUUAACAAUAUAGUUGAGAUUAAGUCGUCCAAAUUAUGUGUAAUUAAAGGAUUUUGUGACUUGACUAAGAGAAAAGAUCACGUUUUAUACGAAAUCGGUGAAGAACCAAAUUUGUACGGUCCGUUAUCAAUAGGAAAUAAUAUCGUCGAUGUAUUUUUAAUGAGCCUCUACCAAGGGCAUAAGAUGGAGGAUAUAGCAUGGGGCAAAAUACGUACGCCAUCCGAUUGGAAAAUAUUAACAAAAAUAACCAAAGAAAAUCAGAACGUAAGAUUCAAUGGCACAUUUUCUAAACAUUUAGCGGAACCUCUUUUGGAUUACAUGUCGAAUUUGUUUUUGAACAACAGCGCUCCAAAAUUAACUGGACUUUUUGGCCAUGACUCCAAUUUGAAAACAGUUAUGUCGGCUUUGGGUUUCAAGCCUUACGAAUUGCCAAGACAACAUGAGCUGACACCGAUAGGAGGUAAAUUAGUAUUCCAAAAGUGGUAUGACGUCGUUUCAGACCGCGAUUUGUUAAAAGUCGACUAUAUAUAUCCGUCAGUAGGUCAUUUAAGAUUCAGCACGAAAUUUUGGGACGAGGAACCCCCAGAAACCUUCGUGAUGCAACUUCACAAAUGUGAAAUUGAUGAAAAUGGUUUUUGCCCGUGGAAUGAUUUCGUAAAUAUUUUACGAAGUCUUAAUUAGAUAAUGUUAAUGACUUUAUGAAAAAAUCAUUUUUAAUAAUUUGAUUGUGAUAUGUAUUUUGGUAUUAAUUGCAUUUUUUAUUGUUUAUACUUAAAUACUUAUCAAACUUCUCAUUUAUAAGUCUCUUUUAAAAUAUUUUAGAAAAAAUGUAUGCAUGUUUCACAGAGAUUAUAUAUUUAUUGUUA